CAAUUGCUCUCCGUCUUCUCUUUGCUAUCUGGUCCAUAUCACAGCACCUUUCGAUAUGGCAUUCAGAUCAUGUUGCUAUUUAUCUCUAUUCUAAUGUGGAAAUUAUCACAAUACUGUGAAAAACAUAAAAUAGUAAAUGAAUUCAAUUAAAAUAUAUUAACUAAUACGCUGGCUUAGUAGUGACAAUUUUAUGAAGAAGGAAGAAAUCAAAAUAACACUUUAAUCCAUGAGAUAAAUAUCAAGAUUAUAAGUUUAUUAUCUUUACCCUGGGAACUUCGUAUCACCCUGUGUCAAAUAACAUUUGCUUACGUAACAAAAAUUAUUUUUGCAAUGAUAAGACAACGAUACUCAAGAGAAAUUACUUGUGGAUAUGCUGUUAGUUGGUUUGUUGAAGAAGAAAAGAAAUAUUGAAGUAAUGGAAAACAAAUAUAGAAAUAAUAAAGGAAACGAAGAAUAAAAAUAUUUUCGAACGUUCAGUGACCUGAUUAUUCUCUUCUUGCUCAAGAUAAAAAAUUUGUUUAAAACUCAACUCAUUUUAAUGUUGGAGAAUUUUCCCCUCUGUUAAGUUGUGAGUAUCGAACUGACCACAACGACCACUUUUCAAUCGAUCGACCAACAGCUCGUUGAAACGAGCUAUGACAGCAGUAGUCAUGGAAAACGUAAAUUGGAAUCCUACGCUAUCGAAGCUUCUCAAUUCGUUGGAAGAAAAUAGAACAGACAUACCGAAUUGUUCUGAUGAAGAAUUUGGCUUCUUGAGUGAAUUACUAAGAUCAAAAGAAUUAAACGCUCUAGUUAACGUUCAUAAAAAGAUUCAAGCUAAUGCUGAAGAUGAUAAAUUCUUUCCUGUCCUUUCUAACUCAAUGGAUAUUGAUGCGGAAAUACUUAACAUGCUGUCCACAAAAACCCAUAGUUCAGAACUGUGUAAAGAGUUAUUUUAUUUACUCCAAAAACCUCAUAUACAGGGUUUACUUUGUACACAUGAUGCUGUUGCACAAAAAGAUUAUUAUCCAAGACUGUCAGAAAUUCCCAUAGAAGUUGAUGAAGACGAGGAAACGGUGAAAAUUGUGCAGUUGGUGAAGUCAGAUGAACCUCUGAGCGGUGACGACGUUGAACCGAUCCUGGGAGCUACAUUAAAGACUUGUGAGAAGACGGGAAAAAUAAUAAUAGCUCGAGUAAUGCAUGGAGGUGCUGCUGAUAGAUCUGGACUCAUUCAUGUUGGUGAUCAAAUUGUUGAAGUCAACGGAAUAAAUGUAGAAGAUAAAACUCCUGGAUGUGUUUUGAAAAUUUUACAAAAUUCCGAAGGGACACUAACAUUCAAGCUCAUUCCUGCUGAAAGCAAAGAGGGAAUGAGAGAAAGUAAGGUUCGAAUGCGAGCUCACUUUUCUUACAAAGCUGCUGAUGAUCCUGAAGCGCCGUGUAAGGAAGCUGGACUUGACUUUAAUAAGGGAGACGUGCUGCACAUCGUAUGCCAAGAUGAUCCUUAUUGGUGGCAAGCACGUCGAGAAGGUGACAGAAAUAUGAGAGCUGGUUUGAUACCCAGUCGAGCUUUUCAAGAGCGCAGGAUUAUCUUGGAACGCCAAAGGAAAAAUAAGGAUAAAAGUGAUGAUGAAAAAGAUAACUUGAGCUUGUGUUCUGUUCCAGUGCCUUUGCCCACAUUGUGCCCCCGUCCUAGUACCUCUUUGCACGCUUCGCCUACAAAGUGCAACUUACAAGGAAUUAAAACUAAAAAAAUCAUGUAUGACGCUGCAGAAAACGACGAUUUUGAUCGCGAAGAGAUAGCUACUUAUGAGGAAGUUGCCAAGUUGUAUCCGAGACCUGGCCUUUACCGUCCAGUCGUUCUUAUUGGACCACCAGGAGUUGGGAGGAAUGAACUCAAACGUAGACUUAUGGCUACUGAUCCUGAUAAAUAUAAGACACCUGUACCAUACACGUCAAGACCACCAAGGCCUGGAGAAGUCGAUGGAAAAGAAUAUUACUUUGUUACUCGAGAACAAAUGGAAACGGAAAUUGAAUCAGGCAAAUUUAUCGAGUAUGGAGAGUACAAAGGAAACCUCUAUGGUACAAGUGCUGACAGUGUCAGUUCAUUAGUUAAUGCUGGCUACGUUUGUCUUCUCAAUCCUCAUUAUCAAGCGCUUAAAAUGCUUAGAAGACCUCAAAUAAAACCAUACGUCAUUUAUAUUAAGCCUCCGAGAUUUGAAAUUCUCAAAGAAACUAGAAAUGAAGCUAGAGCUCGGUCCACUUUUGAUGAAUCUAAUUCGAGGGGAUUUACAGAUGACGAAUUUCAUGAGAUUCUUCACAGUGCUGAAAGAAUUGAAUUUCUAUAUGCUCAUUUCUUUGAUGAAACAAUCAUCAAUGCAGAUUUACCGAUUGCUUUUGAACAAUUAGUAACGGCAAUACAUAGGGUUGAAUCCGAACCACAUUGGGUUCCCGCUUCUUGGGUCCAGUAAAGAUUCAAUUAACUAUAAAAUCAUUAUUUGCAUUCUCACAAUCUUGAUUAUGAUAUUGUAAAUCGAAAAUUUACAAAAUUAUAAUUAAUAUCAUUUUCACUUCGAUACAAGUAAAUAAGAUUAACAAUUAAUUCAAUCAUUGAAACCUUUUCAGUUGAUUAUUAAUUUAUUGUAUUCAACCGUAAAGCCUUUAUUAAUUAUAAAA